UGUUCUUUAAAGGUUUAUUAGGUUUUCUACGCACUUAAAAUUUGCACAAAAUCUGUAUAAAAUGUUUCAUGUUUCCGCAAUUGUAUGUAUAUUUCUUCUCUGUUCAAAUAACGUUAGAGGUCAAGAACUUGUUAAUUCCCAAGAAGGGGAAUCCCGUAUGGACGAUUAUGAAUAUACACUGGAAUGCCUGGCUGAUGAGAAAGCUUGCGCUGAUGGCGAAAAUUGUGUCAGGAAAGUGAAAGUUUGUGACGGAGCGUUUGAUUGCCCCGACAAUUCUGACGAGUCAAACUGUACAGCAGGCACCACACAAGCCCCAACCACCACAACUACUGAAGAUUAUUCUUAUUACCAAAGUUGCACCGGGGCUGAUGAGUUUGACUGUGGAGAGAAUAUUUGUAUUCUAAGAUCCAAGUUGUGCGAUGGAAACUUUGAUUGCCCGGAUAGUAAUGAUGAAGAUGGAUGUCCCACAACCACAGCACCCAAUACAACAACAGCUGCAACAACGGCACAAUCCACAACCACUGAGGCAGAUUACGGGGGUUGUGGGGAAGAUGAGUUCGAAUGUGGGACGGGUGUUUGUAUAGAGGUUGGUAUACGAUGCGAUGGAAGGGAUGAUUGUGGCGACUUCUCGGAUGAAGAAAACUGCCCAACACCCACCACCACCACAGCCUCACUAACUUCUACAACCUUCGCUGAAUACGAUACUUGUGAUGCCGACCAGUUUGAAUGCUUAAGUGACGGGGUUUGCAUUCAACUCUCAUCUAAGUGUGAUGGGAGGUCUGACUGUAGUGACAACUCAGAUGAAAACAAUUGUCAAGCAGCAGCCACCACCACCACAGCCUCACUAACUUCUACAACCUUCGCUGAAUACGAUACUUGUGAUGCCGACCAGUUUGAAUGCUUAAGUGACGGAGUUUGCAUUCAACUCUCAUCUAAGUGUGAUGGGAGGUCUGACUGUAGUGACAACUCAGAUGAAAACAACUGUCAAGCAGCAGCACCCACAACAACAGAUUCUACGACAGCAGAAGUAACAACCCCCACCACCCCAUCCACAUCAAUGGAAACAUCAUUCACACCCCGACCAACCACGGCGUCGACCCCAACUUGUGUGUUCGAAGGAACGGUUUAUCCUGCAGGUUCGACCAUCAAAGCCAACAACUGUACGGAGGUCACAUGUUCAAAUACCGGGAAAUUGUUAACUUGGAACAACCCUGAUCCUGCUGCUUGUCACGCAUCAGUGGUUACCCCUACUAUGGGAACAUAUAUCAUCUUGAUUGCUUUCCUCAUGUUUUGGCAAAGUUAAUUCAUUUCUACGCUGGAGUUACUAACUGGAAAGAUUCAAAUUUAAAAACAAAUUUCAGCAAAAACAAUUCUUGAAACUUUCUAUUGCUUGAAACUGUUUCUAAACUCCAACAUUUUUUUUUAAUCCAUUAUUUUUUAAUUUUGAUUUUUCUGGAGUUUUACAUUAUUUUGUUAAUUUUAAAGUUUUUUGUUGUUUUUAGCUAUUUCCACGGUACUAUAGCAUCGCGUCAUCAUAUUUUAUUUCCUUCUUCUGCAUGCACAACAUAAUCAUUGCUUUAUUUGUAAUAUCUGCUUCAUACUUGUCAAUCAAAUACUUAUAAAAAGUUACUUCAUAACUGAACAGUGAGCAUGAGGUGUAUGAGGCCACCAUGUAUGUAAAAUCCUCCCCCCAAAAAACAUUUGUGGUAACUUGUAAGCGGGUACGAGGUGUAUGAAACAGAACACCCCUGUUAUAACGACUGUCAUUGCCCCGCCAUGCGAGGAUAAAUAGAUUACAUUUAUACAUUCAUUCAUAUAUGGUGUGCAACACCCAUGUAUUACCCCUCACCCCAUACUUUUGUUUAUUUUAUUCAAUAUUUUAACUGUUGUUGAGCAACAUUCCACCAGGGCAGGCCCUUUUUUUGUUAACCAUUUGUUUUAACGCAGUGAGCACUUAAUAUUUCAUUCAUUAAUUGGAUAAUUACUUUAACCAUAUAAAACAAAUAAUCUUGUAGAUAAUUUGCAAAAUUUCUGUAAUUAUUUUAAACUUAUUUUUUUAAUUGACGAUGUAUUUUGUAUUUUUCCAUUAUUGAGGUGCCAAUCAAGUUCUAACAUGUUUGUUAUAUUUGAUAUCUAUGCUCACACCUCAUCCCAUCCAUUCUAUGCAAUAAAUCUGCAAUUGCUUUGCGCUUAAAAUAAAUUCAUUUAGGCAACCUAA